UAAGGGGGGACCAGUUCUACAAGUUAAUGAAUAUACACUACGGUGUUCAAACUAUCGGACGUAACCUUGUACUGACCUUUAGUUUUCGGACGUCCGAGAGCGAUCUGGCAUGAACCGUCCCGAAAGAUCGUGCAAACUUAUCAGUCCUAUAAUGUGUCCCCCUUCUUUACGAAUGCAUAUGAAGCUUGAAGUAAGCAAGAGGUCUUCACCACUUGCCCGUGUAUGGAAACCACUAUACCAUAAAAUAAAUAUUUCGUGUUGCAACACUUUUGGCGCAAUUUUCAAUCAGUCAUGGCUUCCUUUUACUCAUAUCCUGAAUUAUUUUUGGCGGGUUUUAUAUUUACUUUACCUUUUUUAUAUGAAAAAAGUAAUGUUUUUCGAUAUUAUCUUAAGUUUCUCCUAUAUUAUGCGUAUGUGUUAACAGUUUGCACUGUUUUAAUGCCAGUAGUUCUUCUUUACCCUCGCGACGUUACGAAUCUAGUCCUUGCUUCGAAAUUUUGUCGCUACGCAUCUAACAUAGUUGGAAUAGAAUGGGAACUAAGAGGUUUACAAAACUGGGACACGGAAGAGAGCUGUAUUGUAAUAUCAAAUCAUCAAAGUUCUCUGGACAUUCUCGGUAUGUUCCACAUGUGGCCUCGUAUGAAGCGAUGCACUGUGGUGGCUAAACGACCUUUGAUGUUUGCUGGAGCAUUUGGAUUUGGAGCUUGGCUUUCUGGAUUAGUUUUUAUUGACAGACUAAAAACAGACAAAGCAAGACUCUUGAUGAGAGAAGCUACUCAAAGAGUUAUCCAGGAUAAGACAAAACUAUGGAUUUAUCCUGAGGGAGCUAGAUAUAAUAAAGGAAGCAUACAGCCCUUUAAAAAAGGAGCGUUUUUUUUAGCGAUUGACGCUCAGAUUCCUAUUAUGCCUGUUGUAUUUAGUCAGUAUUAUUUCCUGGACAGUGACACGAAAACAUUUGAACCAGGGAAAGUAGUAAUCACGACGUUGCCACCGAUACCUACAAAGGGCAUGACCCGUGACGAUCUACAGAAUCUGUCGGACCUGGCGCGCCAACAAAUGAUAGAAACAUUUAAUGAUAGCUCCAAGGAUAUUGUUGUACAGAGGAAAAUUGCCAUCUAGGUAUUAUUAUUAUAAGUUUAUAUAGGAUAACCAAGUUAAGAAAAUCACACCAAAGAUUCAUAUAAUUAAAUAUUUAUUUACAUGUUUUUAUAUUGUAUGUUUAUGAGCGAUUUUUUAUUAGUGAUGGGCAUUUAGUAUUGCAAAGCAAAAUUUAAGUACUUAUAACUAGCACUUUUCAUCCUAAUAAUUCUCAAUAUUGUACUUACUAUGUAAAUGAAACUUACGCAUGCGUAAUGCGUUAGUUUCAAAUAGAUUCCGUAAAUUAUUUGUACGAUAAAUUAGUACCUACCUCCUUAGCGUUAGUUUGACGGAAGAAACUUUUUCGUACAAAUAAUUUAAGAAGUUGUAAGCAAGAUAUGUAUGAUGCUAAAUAGUUUAAGCAAAUCUUUAUGGAGAGUGCAAGUUUUUAGUAAGUAAACGUGAAUUUGUAUGGAGGAGUUACUACUUUAUUACCGCUUGGUGCCGUGUCUCCCGCACCAUACAAAUUCACGUU